GAGGGCAUCAGAGGCGUGUUGUCCAGGUCGUAUUUCAUAUUACAGUAGAAGACCGAGGAGCAUUUCAGAGCUGAAAAGCGAAAAGAGAGAGAUUCAUCAUGGCCUCGUCCAUCCCCGCCGUCCUGGCCUUCUUUGCCACUUUGCUUGUAACCGCAGUCGCCGAUGACUGCGACGGGUACAUCUCUUCGUCUGGUCUGUUCAACCCAUCCAAGGAUUGCUCGUUUAAUCAGUUCUGCUGUGGAAGCUGUGACAAUCGCUACUGCUGCUCAGACAUCUUCAGUCGGCUCAAUGAGGGCAGCUGCAAUUUCAUAAAGAACAACUCCGUUCACAUUGCUACUGGUGGUGUAGUGGGUAUGAUCAUCUUCAUCAUACUCAUCAUAGCCUGCUGCGUUUGCCCCUGCUGCUGCUUGUACAAAAUGUGCAGAAAACCCAGGCCGGUGAUGACAACGACCACAACCACAGUACUAACUACCCAGUAUCCUCAGCAGCAACCUUCAAACCCUCCUACUCAGUAUCCAGCCUUCCAGCCAGUUCCAGCUCCUGUACAGCCUGGCUAUGGUGUCCAGCCCGGGUACGGUCCAUAUCAAGGCCAGCCUUAUGCACCAGGACCGCCUCCUCCAUACCAGGAGAGUGGAGGAUAUCCUGCACCAUACAGCCAGGCUGCCUAUGAUGGUACUCAGCCUCCGUACCCUCUCAAUCCCCCUGUGCCUGUGCAGCCCGGCUACGCUCAGCCUCCUCCACCAACCGACUACAAUGCAGCUCAGCUGCCAUACAACCCAGCCUACAUGGAGCCGCCCAAAACCGGUUACUAAACCACAACUGUCUGACACCACAUAGCCUCGUCUGGAUUACAGACGCCUACAUACUUCCACUUUGGGGCAUACCAGUCCUAUUAUGUGCUAUAUUUACCAUGGAAAGCCUCAAGCGCACGACUCGUUUUCUCCUGCGAUCAAAUCGUUAUUCUUGAAAAAAUUAUUACGGCGUAAAGAUUCCUUAACCACAAGAUCUGCUAAGAUAAGAAACCGCUUUCCAUGGAAAAUGUAGAGCAUAUAGAGCCUGUUUAAUGACUCCAAGCCAUACUCUGCUUUUUUGGCUGUUGGUGAGAAGAAUGUGGGAAUGUGGUUUGUGCGCGUUUGUGUGUGUGUGUGUGUGUGUGAAUGAGCCAGUUCACACACGUACAAGACAGGAAUCACGUGUUUCUUUGCUCCUUUAUUUUAAGUGUACCGGUUUUACAGUGCAGGGUCUGAGCCGGAUUCCCAGCUGAAAGAAUGCCAGUGAUCGUGUGCUCUGUGUGCACCGUUGUCCUCACAGUUAGCUGAUGAUUAAAGAUUCAAUUGUAGAAGGAAAGACGUGAAUUUAGAGGGGAAAUAACCUGAGGCUUGCUCUGACAUCAGCUAUUACCUUUUAACAUAGUAUGUAGUCUUUUUAAAAAAUGCCCUAUUUAUGGUAAGAUGUGGGUAGGGUGGGAUAAGUGUCGUAGAAGGUGCAUUCUUUUGUUCAGUCUGACUCACUCGCUGCAAAAAGGGAAGAAAAAAAAAAAAAAAGAUGGAGACGUCAUUUAAAUGUAAUGUGUGGAAAAUGAUGUAAGAUGUAGUUACACUGACUUGACAGUUUUGCAUCGUAACACCAAAAGGUUUAAAUCCCUGUUGAGGGUUAUAACACCAGGAUAUUUUUUUUUUUUUUUUUUUUUGUGAACAUAGUGUACAAAGAUAAAUGUGGUGUUCUAUUUCCGUCUAUUCAUUUGUAUAACCAAGGAUCCAGAAUAUGCCUUAUUUCUCAUGUUAUGCACUCAUGGGUGAGGUCAAUACGUUAACCAGCAGAUGUGACUUAAAGGUUAUAGCCAUUAUCAGUUUAAAAGAGGAUGUUAAUUGUUUGUUUGUUUAUAUACAUUAUAUAUAUAUAUAUAUAUAUAUAUAUAUUUUAAAUGUUUUUCAUUGUGACAGGAAUGACGUGCAGGUUGGAAACUUUUGUGGUGGUGGUGAUGCGUUUUCAUUUCAAUCAGCCUGAUUGUUCAUGGAGGCAUGCAGCUCGAGUCACAGCUCAUCAGGAAAAAAAAAAAGCUUUCAGUUGCACAAAGAGCUUGGAGUUGUGUAGUCUUUAAAGAAAAAAAUCCACAACUUGUGCAACUCUUAUUUUUUGAAGCUGUGUUUAAGGCCUCAGACAGACUGUAACCUUUGUAUUGCCUGUUUUUGCAUCCCUCACCUUAUUCUUUCAGCCAUGGAUUUUCCUCUCCAUUGUUUUUUUUUUUUCUUCUCCCCCCCCACCCACAUAUUUUGUAUAACUGAUGUUUGGUUUUAUUUACAUGUAAAAUAUUUUUGUUAAGAGUAUCUCCAUAUUUGCAAAAGCAAAUUAAAAAUGUAUGUGCUUGAA